AUGACUGAGAUUCAGUUCCUCUACGUCGCACUUCCACAACUGUGUCUGGUGUGCCUGUUGAUCGCGCAUCUUCUCGUGGGGGCUUUGAUCUUCCAACUAAUCGAUGACGAGCUAGAAAAGAUCUCGAUACUCGAUAUUAUUCUAUUCGAAUUCGGCACGUUGACGACCAUCGGUUAUGGCAAUAUCAGCCCAACUAACGACAUCUCAAGACUAUUCUGUAUCUUCUACUCCAUCCUUGGCAUUCCACUCGUACUGUUUACCCUGGCGAACUUCAACAAGUUGGUGACAAAAGGAUUUUGGUAUUUGAUGUUUCUCUGCAAAUUGCCAGUGGCCCGUUCAAAGCUGUGCAACGAGGCGAAUAUGCCGUUACCAUUAAUUAUUGUUCUAUUCAUAUGUACGUUUUACUUUGGAUCAAUAUUUAUAGACCACACUGGAAGGCGACAUGGCGUGGACGACCUAUACUUUAGCUUCAUAAGUUUUACCACUGUCGGGUUCGGUGACCUGCUGCCGGUGACAGACAGCCUGAGGAAGCUGUGCAUGACGCUCUCCUAUCUGACCUGGGGAAUCAUACUCACUACAGCUCUUUUCGGUGUGCUUAAUCGCUAUCUGAAAAAGGUACACCAUCUCGGUCGUCGCUUCACUGGUGCAAGGGACGUACCGGUUUGGUUAGGUGGUCACUGCAUCACCGUCUCCGAACUGCUACAAGUUGUCGCUAAUGAGUUCAAUUUUAAGUUCAACACUCAGGCGUCGCCGAGAGAAGUGCGCUCGAUGCUGCAGUACCUCGACGAGAUCAUAUCAACUGCCACCACUGAGAAGAAAAGAUGCGCUCCGCUUGUUACUAACAUCGAGGAAUUUGAUAUUUAUGAUUAG